UCCAAACAUGUUCAGCACUUUCUGAUGAUAGGACCCCAACGAGAAAAACCAUGAGUCCAGAGGGGUUGUCUUCACUUUAUCAGUCUGUCCCAAGGCAUCCAUCGGAGCCUUAUGGGGCGCACUCAUCAUGUCUAGCUACCGCUCAUCUCCUUCCACUUCUUAAGCUAGGCACCAGACAGGAUGGGGUCGCCAGUUUCAAUUGGCGAUAUCAUCGCCAUGUCCAAGAUCUCUUGGAAGAUUGCCCAAGCCUUCACCAACGGACGCAAGUCUGCGCCCAUCGAAUUUCGCGAGGUUGAGAACCAGCUCUACUCCCUCAGCUCGGCCCUAUCAGCUUUCAAAGAUGCAUGUGGCGAUGACAUCGCUGCAGUCUCCAUCGAGUCUUCGUCACUUCCCAACCGAUUUCAAGACAACGAACAACACGAAGGUCUGCAGAGUGUGGAUUGGCUGCUGAACAGCUGCAAUGAGACGCUGAGGCAUCUCGAGAAGCUCAUCGACAAGUACAGUGCUCUUGCAACCGGCUCAGGUCGGGACAAUCCAGAGCCACGAUUUCGACGAUGGAGUGACACCUUGCUCAGAAACUACAAGAAAAUUGCUUGGACAACCGAGGCCGGCGACAUUGCAACUCUACGAAGUCAGCUCCUGGUCCAUACCAACAGCUUGCACUUGGUUUUGGGGACCGUCGUAAAAAUUGAGGGAAGUCUCGCAACAAACACGCAAAUGCUCACAGAAAUUCAUUCUUGGUGGACCCAAAAUCUCAAAGAUGCCACCACUUCUACCGCCGAGAGCCAGUCCCUAUCGAGCAGUUCAGCAAAGACCAUCGGCUCAAUUAAAUUUCAGGUAUCGCUUGCUGUGGAUAACGCACAACAGCUCAUCUGUCCUCGAUCAUAUUACCAGGAGGACUUGAACCAUUGGACAUCUCAACUUUUAUUGUGUGGCUGUGAUAAGGCUGCCGACCACCCCAAGCUCAGAGACAUUGGACUGUCACCCAUAACUUUCCCCUUUAAACAUGGUGGGAAGAAUAGGUCAUGGGUGCUCUACAAAGUUUUGGAAAGGUCGACGAACCGUCUGGUAUCUGUAAAUAUCAGUGAUGUUGCAGUUGAACAUAUCCGCGAGUUUCAAGAAUCAUUCAUCGAUCGUCUUGCUGAAGCCACUGCGAGAUCAAUGCUGCAGCAAGGCAUUAGCAAAAUGCUUGCUCACCCAGUACCUGAUAACACAGGGAUUCGGACUUUGUACACGCAAAGUGAUACAAAGAAUCUCUAUAAACUGAUGGCCGAUGUUACCUUUGGCGUCGGCCACAGAUCCUUGGUCAAGAAUGGGAUCAGUGGGAUUUCGCUCUUGCAAUAUCGAAGCCUUGGUCAAAGCAACGAAGGCCAAGGGGAGGAAUAUGCAGAGCUGCUGGUCUACUACAACAAAAGUGAAGAUAUCACGAAAAGCAUUCUCAAACUACGUCAUGACACGGUAAUGAAAUUGAUCGAAGGAGAUGCAAGGAUUGUGUUGGACGAAAUUGACUGCUAUGGCUUUAUUGAUGACAACCGGGUCAACAAGCUGACCAGAGCAGAGGUUUCAUUCCAAAUGAUUUCCUUCGAAGCUGCCAAAGCACUCUACCAGAAUAUCGAAGACAUGAGAAGGGAACUAUUUAUCCAGUCUCUAAGCUCCCCUAGGCGAGACGAGAUUGUAGCACUACGGCUCCAAGUUGCGCAGGUCCAGACUGAAGUGGUCUUGAUACAGAACGCAGAGCUCUUGAUCACCCGAGACAGAGAGGGAAAACAGAGGCUGAUUAUUGUCAGCGAGAACAAGUGCACAAUACUCAACCAAGCCCUACCUGAUGAUUGCUUCACCGCGGUUCGGAAAAGUCCCAAUUUCAGCGCCCCAACAUGGCUUGUUCAGAUGAAAAGUGAUGGAAAUCAACAGGUAUUUCACUACCCGAAGGGAUUUCGAAUGCUCAGGUUUCAUGACAAUAAUGCUACAAGAAUGUUUCAACUGGGGCGCGAGGCACUCUCUCAGAGCGAGGGAAAAGCGAAUUUACCCAUCAGGAAUCGACGUGAUGAAAGUGGGGGCCAGAUUGAACUUGACCGCAGUGUGAGAUGACGGUUACUUCUCCGGUGACCAACAAGAUUGAGAUUUGGCAAUCAAUCGAUCGCUGUAUGUAAUUCUAGUCUUGAACUAUUGGCAAAGAAAUCCUGACCCGUAAGACAAAGGAAACGUCAAUCAUAAUUUCAUAGACAUCAUAAAGCCCAGCAUCUAACCAGCACCUCACCUCGCCUGAGCAAACUCAAGCCCUCACAGUAACUACACUCUGCCCAGGCACUCUCAUUCCGCCAGUCCUCACCUGCUGUCUCACCGGCUGAGUAUUAACAGCCGGAAUCAUCACAACCUGCUGUUGAGGCUGCGGCUGAGCUACAGUCUGUAAAACAACAAACUGCUGCUGCUGUUGUGGCCUCUGCACGUGCUGAACAGGCACAGUAACAAACUGUGUCUGCGGCCUGUGCUGCCUCUGCUGCUGCUGAACAGGCCGUUGAACAGCCUGGCUAACCGGCCUCACAACCUGCUGCUGUACUUGACCAACCGGCACAGCAACGAACUGCUGCGUCUGCGGCCUCUGAACCUGGGUAACUGGCACCGCAACUUGGACGUACUGCUGCUGCUGCUGCUGCUGCACCUGCACCCUCACCCGCAGCUGAGGCUGUUGUUGAGCCCUAACAGCCUGCUGCACCGGCCUGCCCUGCGCCUGAGUACUAACCCUCACCUUCUGCUGUUGUUGCUGCCCCUGACCCUGUUUAACAGGCCUCACAACAACCUUCCCCUGCCCCGGCGUGGGAAAAGCAGGCAAGGCAUCCGGAUUCGGAUUCUUGACGAUCUUUUUCUUGCCCUUUGCAACCUCAAACGCGUCAGGUAGGUAGCUUAUCGUGCCUGCUUGCACCCCGCUAGGGCUGGGUUUGGUCAAGUACAUCACAUUUACUGUUUUGAACUGUCUCGGCGUCACCCCCUUCUGGGGAGGUGGUGGACCACGAGGAGCGGGGACGCCUUGCGGGGCGAGGCCGGCGAUGUAGAGGUCCCAUUGGCGUUGGGGG